AAUUGAAUUGUGUAAUCGUGCGGCUAGCAAGCCCCCCAGUUUCCACCAUAUAGAAAUCCUCCUCAAGUCUUCCCAUUCCGACCCGGCCUUUUCUGUCUGAGUCUCUGGUGUUGGAUUUCGCAUUUUGACUUCCCUGCUCGAAACCCUUUCGAACUUCAUCAUUAAUUCAUAGAUGGAUUGGCAAGGGCAAAAGCUAGCGGAGCAGUUGAUGCAGACUUUGCUGCUGGCAUUCGCGGUGGUGGCUUUUGUGGCUGGCUAUUCGCUUGGUUCGUUUCAGAUGAUGCUGCUUAUAUACGCCGGUGGUGUUGCUCUCACUACGUUGAUCACUGUGCCCAAUUGGCCUUUCUUCAAUCGCCACCCCCUCAAGUGGUUGGAUUCCAGUGAAGUGGAUCGUCAUCCCAAGCCCCAGCCAGUGAAAUCGAAGAAGAAGCCUACAAAGCAGAAGUAGGUCAGGUGAUUGAUCUUGGCAUUUGGUCUAGGGUUUCUAAUGGUUUUGGUUGUUUAAUGGAUUUUAAAUGUACUCUCUGAAUUUCGGACCCUUUGGACCAUACAGGAAAAAAAAUUUCCAUUAUUUAACUUGA